AUGUUGCAGUCUCUCAAGGCUUCGCGCCUUCCACUGGCCCGUGCUGCCCGGCGUCAAGCUGUCCUCCAGCGCCGAACAUUCCUUGCUCCUACAGCAGCGCUACGAGCCGACCUCGUUCAAGAUCUCUACCUCAGAGAAUUGAAGGGCUACAAGCCGCCUCCAGUGAAAUCGUCAGACUCGGAAGGACAUGUACAAAAGUUCUCGCCACCGAAAGCUCCUCAAUCGCCUGAAGAAAGCGACAUUGCGAAUGAUCUGAAGGCGUAUGAGAACCAGCAGGUCGAAGUCGAGGGACAAGCAGCCGGAGGAGAAGCUUCUGCUACAGAGGAGGAUUGGUUCGAGGAGGAAGAGGAGGAAGAAGCGCCUGCCGCUCAUUAA